GAAGCCGUAGCCCUAUUCUUACUUCAUCGGUUUGACUUACUUAGUUACUUAUAGGUUAUGGGGAUUGAUUUAAUUUUCUAACGACCGAUAACUUUGUCUUAUUCAGUUGUGUCAAACUCUUAUUAACUGUUCACUUUAUUGUGUUUAUCGUAUAGACAAUUUAAAAUGGUAUUUCUGGAUGUUGCUAAAUGUGCCCGCAGAGUGCUUAAAUAUGCAGAUCCUAAUAAAGGUCCAGAUGAAUUUUAUAGAAAGAGGAACAUUUUGAGAUUGUCUGCACAUUUCUACGGUCGAGCGCGGAACUGCUACAGCAUAGCCGUGAGGAAAGUCCAUAGAGCUCUUGUGUACUCAACGAAAGGGAGAAAACUGAGGAGAGAAGAUAUGAGAGAUCUUUGGACGAUCAGAACGACAGCAGCUACUGAAGAACUUGGGCUGCCAUUUCCUCUGUUUCGCGCAGGUCUGCAAUCCAGCAACGUUCUGUUGAACCGGAAAUCUCUGGCUGAUCUAGCAAUUUGGGAACCUCGUACUUUCAAGGCACUAACAGACUUUGCGUGGUCCAGAGCAGUGGAAGAUGGCCUGACCAAUGUCGACAAACUCAAGUCCGACCCGCCAGAACAUGUUGUCACCAGAGAAAUGCUCAAGGCAAAGAAAAAAUUUUAGAAAUGUAUUUAUAUCAGUUUUCACUUUAGUUUUGUAUUAAAAAUUGUUGUUCAUAAUGCA